AUGGCGUCAAAGGAGCACACCUCUCAAGAUCCAAUAGCACUGGUAAGACAGUCACAGAGGGAAAGUAAACUACCCUUGCACCUCAGGGAGGACUAUGUGUUAUCAAACCCACCUAUGGAUGUUGAUGAGGAAGUUGCUGUAACAGAAGCAAACAAAUCUGUGACUCAAAGAAGCAGAAAGUCAGUCGAGUCAUUGAAAUCAGUGAAUAGAACUGGAAGAAAUAGGAAAUCAGAAAAUUCAAAAUCCACAAUAUCUGGCAACAGCUCUGUAUGUAGCAGAACUUCCCAAGGAUCAAUAAGAUCUGUGACCUCACAGCUGUCAGAAAAGCAAACCGCAAGGUUAGAAAAACUAAAGAAAUUAUCCAAACUAGAGGAAUUGCAAAGAAGAUUUGAGGAGGAUAUCCUCACACAGGAGGAAUUAACAAGAUGUGACGACAUAGCACGAAAGGCACAGGAAGAGGCUGAAAUGGAAAUUCUAAUGACGCAGAGGAGGGCUCAUGAGAUAGAACGUGAAGCCCAACGAGAACGAGAGCGACUAGGAACCAAAAUCACCCACUUAAGGAGAAUUCGGGAAGCUGAAGCCGGAUUAAAAGAGACACCCUCCAGUGUACUAGCUCCCAGUGCUGUCCACACUUCCGUCCUGACAUCUUCCAGUGUACCAGCUCCCAGUGCUGUCCACACUUCAGUCCAGACAUCCUCCAGUGUACCAGCUCCCAGCGCUGUCCACUCUUCCGUACAGACACCCUCCAGUGUACCAGCUCCCAGCGCUGUCCACUCUUCCGUCCAGGCAUCCUCCAGUGUACCAGCUUCCAGUGCUGUCCACUCUUCCGUCCAGAUAUCCUCCAGUGUACCAGCUUCCAGUGCUGUCCAUACACCAGUCAUGAUUUCUCCCGGUGUGGUCCACUCUCCCAUCAUGAUGUCCUCUGGGAUACCAGGUCCUGAUGCGAUCGACACUCAUGUCUUGAUGCCAUCAAGCAUACCAGCAGCCAUGUCAGCCCAGACAUCGUUUGCAAACUUUAUUGACCAAGCAUCACCAAGAAUACACAACUACCCUUAUCAACCAUGUUACUCACAACCAAACUGUGCUGAUCCACAUUAUGAAACCCACAGGCAGAAUUUGAUAAACUCUAAUUCAACCUUGAGUGACACUGUGAAUGUUAAUCCAAUUCCGUAUGACUUCCACCCUGUCAACCCACAAGUGACACCAACCAUGUCUCAACUAUUCAUUCCAAGGCCAAACCUACCUAACUUCAAUAGUGGAAAGGAAAGGGAUUUUGCCCUACUGAAGAUAGCCCUGGAUAAUCUGGUAAGCGUCCAUCCAGGCUUGACCGAGCAACACAAUUAUCAAAUUCUACUGGACAGGCUUGGAGGUCCCCCUAAGAGACUAGCUUCAGCAUUCAUGCACGACAAGAGGCCCUUCACAACCACACUCCAAGCAUUGAAGGAGAGAUAUGGACAGCCACGACAGCUUGUUCAGAGUGAAUUAGGAGCCCUUAUGGGAACACCUGUACUGAAGUACGGGGAUCUCGAUGCAUUUGACAGUUUUGCUCUCUCCCCGACUGGUGCCAAAUCACGUGCCAUGCGCAUUGCCAGCCAGGCUGCCACAGUCUACAAGCCGGAGACCCCAAGAGAGCCUCGGAAGCCUCCACCGCCUCGGUUGGGCAAUAGACAACCUAAUCCAACAGCUUUAUUCCUGACUAGGGAGGCCAAGACUUCAUCUGUGAAUAGAGCUAAGCCAUUUUGCCCAUAUGGUAUUAGUGGGGACCACUUCCUGAAUGAGUGUCCUGAAUUCAAGAAGCUGUCAUUAAGUGAGAUUUCCAAGUGGCUGGGUCAAAACAGAUGCAGCAGGUGUGGCCGAAACCACAAAGAAAGGGAAUGCACCUUGAGAAAGCCAUGUCACAUUUGUAAGCAGUUGCAUCUAACAGUCUUACAUGAUGCCCUUCAGCAGACAUCAUCCAGAGUUUACUACAUGGAUCAACCAUCACAUCCUGCACUCAUUAUGUUAAAGAUUGUGCCAGUAAUCCUACAUGGUCCCUGCAGCACAGUAUCGACAUACGCAAUCCUUGAUGAUGGAUCUAUGCAAACCAUGAUAUUGAAAUCAACGGCUCAGCAGCUUCAACUCACUGGGAAGCAGGAUUCCAUUCUCCUUACAACAAUAAGUCAAGAAUCAGUGCACUGUAGUGGACAAUCUGUGAAACUCCAGAUUUCGUCAGCAGACCAGCCAGCCACUAGGUUUGACAUCGACAAUGCCUUCACUGCAGACAAUCUAUGCAUGUCAGAGUACACAUAUCCCAUAGAGAAUAUGCAGCAGCACUGGACUCAUCUGGAAAACCUUCCUCUACCAAAGAUAAAUGGAGCAGUGCCAAGUAUUCUGAUAGGAUCCGACAACUCAAAGCUGAUCUUGCCUAUAGAGCCCGUACGCUUUGGUAUUUCAGAUGCUCCUAGUGGUGUCCACACCAACCUUGGCUGGACUGUCCAAGGUCCGUCGAUGAUGCUAGGGCAGACAAAGAGGAACACUUGUCUGCUGAACCAGACUCGACCAGCUUAUCUCUCGCCAUCUCACUGUGUGGAGAGACUUUGGCAAUUGGACACUCUUCCCUUUACGAGUAAACAGGUCAUUCGCUCCAAACAGGACAAGAUGGCACUGGAAAUACUAGAUUCUCAGAUCACAAGAAUUGAGGUGGAUGGCGUAAGUCACUACGCAACCCCACUCUUACGCUCUCAUGAUGGUACCCGUUUCAAUGCCAGGGUGGAAGCUGUUCUCCCAACUCUGAAGCGUGCUGAACGACGACUAAAGGACAAUUCUGAUAUGGCCAGAACGCACAAUGAGGCUAUUCUGAAGCUUGAUGAAUCUGGAUUUGUGAGAAAACUCACUGAUGAUGAGAUAAGAGACUCGAAAGAGUCCUGGUACAUCCCUCACCAUGUGGUUGAACAUAACGGAAAACAUCGCCUUGUGUUCAAUUGUUCAUUCGAGUUUGAAUCUAAAAAUCUUAGCAAUCACUUGUUAGCAGGCCCUACCAUUGGAUCAUCACUUCUAGGAGUGCUUCUCUGGUUCCGACAGCAUGCAGUGGCAGUAACUGCCGACAUCAAAGCUAUGUUCCACCAAAUCAGACUGCUUCCACCUGAUCGACCCUUGCUUCGUUUCCUGUGGCGAGACAUGCAAUGCAAUCGUCCACCAGACGUGUAUGAAUGGCAAGUUCUGCCCUUUGGUACUACCUGCUCCCCCUGCUGCACAAGCUGUGCACUGUUGAAACAUGCAGCUGAAAACCAGACAGGCAAUGAGGAAGUGUUCAAAUCAGUGAGUGAAUCCUUCUAUGUAGAUAACUGUUUGGACAGUUUCGAGAACCAAACUCAGGCAAAGCAGCUUUUCACCAAGAUGCGAAAUGUGCUCACAGACGGUGGAUUCAACAUAAGACAGUGGGCAAGUAAUGUUCCUGAGGUUGUCGCCGAUCUCCCUGCUGAAGCAAGGUCCGAGGCUGCAGACCUGUGGCUCAACUUUGGACAGGGUGAACCUAGAGAACCGACUUUGGGCUUACGCUGGGACUGUCAGUCAGAUGAACUUACCUACAAACACAGAAAUGUAGACUACCCCAAUUUAACCAUGAGAAUAGUAUACAAAGUGCUAGCAAGCCAAUAUGACCCCAUCGGGUAUCUGUCAUCGUUCAUUGGACAAGCCAAGGUCAUAGUGCAAGACUUAUGGAAGUCAAAGAGGAACUGGAACGAUUCCAUUGAAAAUGGGCAACUUCGUGACAGGUGGCUUGCUUGGGAAAGUGAGCUGGGACUCAGUCCUCUGAUUACUCUACCAAGGUGCUAUAUUCCUCAAGGGUUUGAUCCAGACGAUUCAACUACACAAUUACACAUCUUCUGUGACGCAUCCGAAAGGUCUGAAUCUUGCAGAUACAAGGUAUUCGUUGGAGCCAGAGUAGCUGAAAUUCAGAACCUCACCGACACACAUUGCUGGAGGUAUGUGAACACACAGCAAAACCCAGCUGAUGAUAUCACUCGAGGCCUGAGUGUCAAAGACCUUGUUGAAGAAUCCAGAUGGAGAAAUGGACCUGCCUUCCUCCGACAGUCAGCAGAUGAAUGGCCUGAAUCUCCAUCAACAGGCAGUGACGAGCCAGCAGAACUUAGGAAAUCUGCCAUGUUGUCAACGAUUGUGACACAGACACCCACUUUGCCUGACCCAACACAGUAUGAAUCAUGGGAAGUAUUCAUCUCUGAUGUAAAUGAAGCCCUUGACGGGCGCCCCUAA